AUGUCACUUGCAAAGACCUACCUGAUCACGGGUGCCAACCGCGGCAUUGGCAGAGCACUUGUCUCUAAGCUUCUUCUUCGAACUGGCGUCACAGUCGUGGCCACUGCUAGAGACGUCUCAAAGGCGUCCUCUCUGAACGACCUACCCAAAGGAGAGGGCAGCAGGCUGAUCUUGGCCAAACUGAACUCGCACGUGGAUACGGACGCCGCAGAUCUUGUCUCACAGCUUCGGGGUGACACGGUCUCCAAUACGACUCCCGAAGCAAUUCGAGACCAUGUCAACACGAAUACUAUUGGCCCUAUCACUCUCUUCCAAGCCACCUAUCCCUUCCUCAAGGCCAGCAGCACCGGAAACCCCAUUUUCCUUGGCAUAACCACCAUUUUCGGGAGCAUCGGCGGUCAAGACUAUCUCACUAGUGUCCCACCGAUCAUGAGCCCUUAUGGCGCGAGCAAGACAGCUCUCAACUGGCUCAUACAUCGCAUCCAUCGAGAAGAGCCGUGGCUUACCGCCUUUGUUUUACACCCCGGCCUGGUUUUGACCGACAUGGGAAGCGGACUUGUUCCCCCAGGCGCGAACCCGGCCGCUUUUGGGGCCAUCGACGUCGACACGAGCGUGGCCGGGCUGUUGAAGCUGGUCGAUUCUGCAAGCCGAAAUGAGCACGGAGGGACUUUCCGGAACGUGGAUGGGACAGUGCUACCGUGGUGA